AUGUCUAGAGUAUAAAAAGAUAGAUUACUUAAAUUAGGAUUAAAAGAAAAAAAGCUAAUUCGUUUAUUAUAUCACAAGGAUUUAAGUGAAGAGGAUACAAUAUUUUUAAAUACAAUAUAUGAAGAAAAGUAAAAAGAAUCUAAAUAUAUAUUUAGAUAAUAUUUACAUUUUACAUAUGCACUUGCAUUACCAUGUAUGAUAGCUUUAAGCACUAAUUAUGCAUUAUUUAGAUAGAAUUCUAAAUGGAUGUAGGUGGGUUAUGUAGCAGUAAUAGGAUUAUCAACACAUUUAUAUUGUAAUUCAAAAGUUAAUAAUCGAUUUUAUAAUUUAACACAGCCUUUUUUCAAGAAAUAUGAAAUAAAUUGA